CCAGCUCUCCAGCUCUCCAGCCCAGCCAGUCAGACUUAUUACUACAUCUAGAAGCGGCACGCAGCCCUAGGUUUCAUUUGCUCUCCACACGCCUCCUCCUCCUCCUCUUCCUCACCCUCGCAGAAACAGUCUUACGACUGUUCCUUCAUCCUCCAUAUCUCCUUUGUUUUUUUCUCAUCAUUAUCAUCACUCUGUCUCUCUCUCUCUUGAUCAAAUCCUUAUCCCAUUUUCUGCUCUCUGCUUUUUUGUCUAUGAAUGCGUGAUCGUCGCCAUGUAUAUAAACACAGCCUCUUCAUCUGCCUCCUCGCUUCUCAGAGCUUCUAGGGCUCGCCUUUUCUCCUCUUCUUCUUCCUCGUCUCCUAUCUCUAGAACCUUCGCUGGUUCGCCGCUCAGGCCUUCUCACCAUCACUUCGCCUCUCAACGCUUCCUCAGCUCCUCCUCUGCGGUUCGCUCUUUCUCUCGCUGGAGCCACGGCGGUGUCCAUUGGCGCUCCCCCUACGCGCUUCGGUCUCAGAUCAGAGCCGUCGCUCCUGUAAUCGAACAGUUCCAGCGCAAGAUCGCUUCCAUGGCUUCUGAAAACCCUUUCAAGGCAAAUUUGACAAGUCUUCCCAAGCCCGGAGGUGGCGAGUUUGGAAAAUUCUACAGCCUUCCCUCUCUGAACGACCCCAGAAUCGAUAGGUUACCAUACUCCAUCAGAAUCCUUCUUGAAUCUGCUAUUCGUAAUUGUGACAAUUUCCAAGUCAAGAAGGAGGAUGUUGAGAAAAUUCUUGAUUGGGAAAAGACUGCCCCGAAGCAAGUUGAAAUUCCUUUCAAGCCUGCUCGUGUACUAUUGCAGGACUUUACGGGAGUUCCAGCUGUGGUCGAUCUUGCUUGUAUGCGCGAUGCUAUGAACAAACUUGGGAGCGAUUCUGACAAGAUCAAUCCUUUGGUUCCUGUUGAUCUUGUUAUUGAUCAUUCAGUUCAAGUCGACGUUGCAGGAUCAGCAAAUGCCGUGCAGGCCAAUAUGGACCUUGAAUUCCAGAGAAACAGAGAGAGAUUUGCUUUUCUUAAAUGGGGGUCCAAUGCUUUCCACAAUAUGCUUGUUGUUCCACCUGGUUCUGGCAUUGUUCAUCAGGUUAAUCUUGAAUAUCUUGGACGGGUUGUUUUCAACACUGAUGGCUUACUCUACCCUGAUAGCGUGGUUGGAACUGAUUCCCACACAACCAUGAUUGAUGGGUUAGGAGUUGCUGGCUGGGGAGUUGGAGGUAUUGAAGCUGAAGCUACUAUGCUUGGCCAGCCUAUGAGCAUGGUGUUGCCUGGAGUUGUUGGGUUCAAGUUAUCUGGCAAAUUAAACAAUGGUGUUACUGCUACUGACUUGGUUUUGACUGUCACACAAAUACUGAGGAAGCAUGGAGUUGUUGGAAAGUUUGUUGAAUUCUAUGGGGAAGGUAUGGGUGAGCUAUCAUUAGCUGACAGGGCCACUAUUGCCAAUAUGUCCCCUGAAUAUGGUGCAACCAUGGGGUUCUUCCCUGUAGACCAUGUUACUUUACAGUAUCUCAAAUUGACUGGUAGAAGUGAUGAGACUGUGUCAAUGAUUGAAAGUUAUCUCCGGGCAAAUAAAUUGUUUGUUGACUAUAAUGAGCCUCAGUCAGAAAGAGUGUAUUCAUCAUACCUAGAAUUGAACCUUUCGGAAGUCGAGCCCUGUAUGUCUGGACCUAAGAGACCUCAUGAUCGUGUGCCUUUGAAAGACAUGAAAGUUGAUUGGCAUGCAUGUCUUGACAACAAGGUUGGGUUCAAGGGAUUUGCUAUACCAAAAGAGGUGCAAGACAAGGUGGCGAAGUUUUCAUUCCAUGGACAGCCGGCAGAGCUUAAGCAUGGUAGUGUUGUGAUUGCUGCAAUCACAAGCUGCACCAAUACAUCAAACCCAAGUGUCAUGCUUGGAGCUGCCCUUGUUGCAAAAAAGGCUAGUGAACUUGGUCUACAGGUUAAGCCAUGGGUGAAAACUAGUCUUGCCCCGGGUUCUGGAGUUGUUACAAAAUAUUUGCUCAAGAGUGGAUUGCAAAAGUAUUUUGAUCAACAAGGUUUCCAGAUUGUUGGAUAUGGGUGCACAACAUGCAUUGGAAAUUCAGGGGACUUAGAUGAAACUGUUGCUUCUGCUAUAGCAGAAAAUGACAUUGUAGCAGCUGCUGUGCUCUCUGGAAACAGAAAUUUUGAGGGUCGUGUUCAUCCAUUGACAAGAGCUAAUUACCUUGCCUCUCCUCCUUUAGUGGUUGCUUAUGCCCUUGCUGGAACAGUUGACAUUGACUUUGAUAAGGAGCCAAUUGGAACAGGGAAGGAUGGUAAGAGCGUUUAUUUCAGGGAUAUCUGGCCAUCUACUGAGGAGAUUGCGGAGGUAGUACAAUCAAGCGUGUUGCCAGAUAUGUUCAAGAGCACUUAUGAGUCUAUUACUAAGGGCAACCCCACGUGGAAUGAGCUAUCAGUUCCAGAUUCCAAACUGUACUCUUGGGACCCUAAUUCAACCUACAUUCAUGACCCCCCAUAUUUCAAGGGUAUGACCAUGGAUCCUCCUGGCGCAAAGAGAGUGAAGGAUGCGUACUGCCUGUUGAAUUUUGGUGACAGUAUUACAACAGAUCACAUCUCCCCAGCAGGAAGCAUCCACAAGGACAGUCCUGCGGCAAAAUACCUUCUUGAGCGUGGGGUGGAUCGCAAAGACUUCAACUCUUACGGUAGUCGUCGUGGCAAUGAUGAAGUCAUGGCAAGGGGAACCUUUGCCAAUAUCCGCAUUGUUAACAAGCUUUUGAAUGGAGAAGUGGGCCCUAAAACAGUUCACAUUCCUACAGGAGAGAAACUCUAUGUGUUUGAUGCAGCAACAAGAUACAAGGCUGAUGGGCAUGACACCAUUGUACUGGCUGGAGCUGAGUAUGGAAGUGGAAGCUCCAGGGAUUGGGCUGCCAAGGGUCCAAUGCUAUUGGGUGUUAAAGCGGUUAUUGCUAAAAGUUUCGAGAGAAUCCAUCGUAGUAAUUUGGUGGGGAUGGGUAUUGUUCCACUUUGUUUCAAGGCCGGAGAGGAUGCUGAUACACUAGGACUGACUGGUCAUGAACGUUAUACCAUCGACCUCCCUAGCAGCAUUAGUGAGAUAAAACCCGGCCAAGAUGUGACUGUCACUACAGACAAUGGGAAAUCUUUCACCUGCACUGUACGCUUUGACACUGAGGUGGAAUUGGCUUAUUUCAACCACGGAGGUAUUCUUCAUUAUGUGAUCAGGAACCUUAGUAAGCAGUAAUUGCAUCGCUUCGCCGUUCAGAGGACUUGCUAUCCACAUCAUGCAAGCGUUUUCAAUUGUAAAAUGUGAGGGAGCAAAUAAAGUUCCUAAUAAUAGGAAAAAGGUCCCUUUUUCGGGGGACAGGUAUUUUUUUUGGGAUAAAUUCGUCAUCCUAACACUGCCCAGGCUGUGCAGGCAUAUUGGUUGGUCGUUGAAUAGGGCACAAAAUAGUUUCGAGCAAUAUAAUCAUUUACUGUUUCCAAUUGUUGCAUAUAUGUACCUUGGGGUUUUCAAGGGUACCAAGAUUAUAGGCAGUGUUAUGUCUUUCGAACAGUGAUCUAAUCAAUGUGAGUUUUGUUCAUGCA